AUGUCUGCAAAUGAUAUUUUAGACGUAUUAAAUGUCCAAAGGGACCAAAGCCAGCAGCAACCUGCCAAAAAGAAGCAAAGAGUGGAUACGCACUCUUCGAAUGCUUCUUCAAGUCAAAAGGGUAUGGCUCGAGAACUUUACAACUUAUUGGGUCCAAACACCCCCCCUAUUAACUUAAGCGGUCUUAGUAGUGCAGGAGCUGGUGCAUUAGGAAUGAAUGGCAGUAAUAGGAUAAAGCCUAAUGCUAGGCCAUCUCCUUGGACAAGAAUGAAAUUCAAACCACAAAGUCAAAAUGCUUCAUUUUCCCAUUGGAUGAAAGGUUCCAAAGAGUUGUUAGAAUCAGAAGAACUAAAAGGAAAGGGAUACUUCUUUGAUAAGUUUAAUACCACUUUGAGUCUCCCAGAGUUGGUAGAUAAGGAAACAUAUGAAAGUUACUUGGAUGAGUUCAAGGAAGCCGAAAUGAAAGAGAGGGAAAGAAUCGCAAUAGAAAAGAUAAGGUUGAAAGAGAGAGCAAUUGAGAAGCAGAGGGAGAAGGAAGAGAAAGAAAAAGAGAGAUUAGAAAAGGAAAAAGCGACCAAGCAAGCAGCCUUGCCAGUUGUGCCCAAGCCAAGUGCAUCAAGUUCCUCUGAAUCUGGGAAUAUCUCAAGUCAGGCAAUCUCAGCAUCUUCUUCCACAACAACUGCAUCUGACAUCCCGAAGAAAGACAUUGAAAGUGCAGAUGAGUCUUCCACCAAGACCAAUUCUACAGUUGCAGCUAAUCCUGUUACGGUUACCACGUCAUCCACAGCUCCAAAUACAUCCCCUUUAGAUUCAGCUAAGGAAGCGGGGCAACAAUCUGACUCUAAAGAUUCAUCAAGUGAAAAUAAAGGUGAAGUGAAGAAAGAUUCUACCGGUGAUUCAGAAUUGGCAUCCACGAAGAUAGAUGGUGAAGUGACAACAAAAUCUGCUUUAGAAGAACUUCUUGAGCUAGAACCUAUCCCAGAAGAAUUCUCGUACGAAGAAACAGCUUAUCUCUUCGAUCUUUGCAAAGCCUUCGAAUUGAAGUGGUAUAUUAUUACAGACCGUUAUUCCUAUCCAAUCAAACGAAGCCAAGAAGAUUUGAAAGAACAUUAUUACAGGGUCUGCUAUAAAAUACUUGAACCAGAAUCAAAUACUAAUCCAAAUCUACUUGAAUCGCUUAAAUCUUUUUCCAAAACCAAAGAAGUUGAAAGAAAGCACUAUUUGGAAAAUUUAUUGAAGCGUACCCCUGCAGAGAUUGCUGAAGAAGAAUCCCUUGUGAUUGAAGCAAGAAGGUUUGAACUUGCGGCCAAGAAAAUGCUUGUUGAAAGGUCCUAUUUACUUAAUUUACUUGAUUCUCCACAAACGUCACAAUCUGUUCAACAGUAUCAAUCUUCUCAAGGUCUUGCAACCUUGUACAGUAACCUAAUGAUUAUUGACAAACACCAAAAGAAAAGGCAACAACAGCAACUUCAAAAACAAGCAAAUGCAAAUGGCUCAAGUAGCGGCGGGUCUGCUAACAAUGGCCAUAGUGCACAAACUGAUCCUGUUCCGCCUGCCAUUCCAAUAGCAGCUUCCUCUUCAUUCAAGAAGGAGAGAACAUUUCAAACUCAUCUUCAGCAAUACCUAUCUGGUCUUCUCAAGCAACAAGGAGUUUCAAAUAACAAACACGAGCCUAGCCCAAUUCAACAGCUUCUUUCUAAGAGACUCACCGUUAAAGAAGAAGAAGCUUACGGUUUACAUUAUCAUGCCAAUGACAAAAUUGUUCCUGGUGUAACAUUAAGAUCUACGCAAAAAUUGCCUGGAUUACAGCAAAGGCAAUCUGUAUUAAAAUCUGUAAAUAAUCUUUUACAAGAGAUGGAUAUACCCACAGCUGGUGGAACUAAUUGGAAGCCUGCUAUGCCUACGAGGAAAACCAUGGCAAAAUAUGACAGCUUGUUGAGGGCCGUUGUAGCUUUGUUGGAUGUCAAAAAGGGAAGAGAUAAAAUAGAAGCUGAGAUAAAAUUAAUUAAAUCUCAAAGAAAUCUCUGA